AUGGGUCAAAUCGCCAUCGUGCGAAGCAGGAGGUGUUGCGUUAGAACUGUGAGCUUCUUCCACUCCCUGACCCGGAAGAAGCCUCUGGAGCCAAUUGGCGAGGACUCCAACUUCUGCCGGUGCCUGACCACCCUGGACCUGGUGGCCCUGGGGGUGGGCAGCACGCUGGGGGCGGGCGUCUACGUGCUGUCUGGGGAGGUGGCGAGGGACGUGGCGGGCCCCAGCAUCGUCGUCUCCUUCCUGGUGGCGGCCGUAGCCUCCACGAUGGCCGGGUUGUGCUACGCGGAGUUCGGCGCCCGCGUGCCGCGGACGGGCUCGGCCUACCUGUACAGCUACGUGACGGUGGGCGAGGUGUGGGCCUUCGUGACCGGGUGGAACCUGCUGAUAUCGUACAUCAUCGGAACAUCCAGUAUUGCUAAAGCCUGGUCCGGGGCUUUUGACGACCUUAUUCAUAACGCCAUUGCCAACACGUUGGGGAAACACACCCCCAUGGACUCCCCCGGCUUGGCUCCGUACCCAGACUUCUUUGCUGCUGCCAUCAUUAUGUUGCUCACUGGGAUCCUGGCGAUUGGUGUGAAGGAGUCCGCCAUCGUGAACGCUAUACUGACCACCAUGAACGCGGUGGUGCUCAUUUUCAUCAUCAUCGCGGGUUUUAUAAAAGGAGACAUCGAGAACUGGAGGAUCAGCAAGGAGGCGAUUCUCAACGCUACUCAACAAACACUGUACACUGAAGCAACUAACUUCGGUCAAGGCGGGUUCUUCUCAUAUGGCUUCGAAGGAACCCUGGCAGGAGCUGCGACGUGUUUCUAUGCUUUCGUUCGGUUCGAUUGCAUCGCCACGACUGGCGAAGAGGUGAAGAACCCUCAGAAGGCCAUACCCAUCGGGAUCGUGGCGUCCCUGCUCAUCUGCUUCCUGGCCUACUUCGGCGUGUCGGCUUCCCUGACGCUCAUGAUGCCGUACCACCUGCUCGAUUCCCACAGUCCGCUACCUGUGGCCUUCGAGUACGUCGGCUGGGAGCCGGCCAAGUUUGCCGUGGCCGUAGGAUCUCUCUGUGCCCUCUCAACCAGCCUCCUUGGGGUGAUGUUUCCAGUAUCGCGGGUGUUGUUCGCCAUGGCCAGAGACGGUCUGCUCUUCAAGAAACUGGGCUACAUGAGCCGCAGACAGAGUCCAGUUCUGGCCACACUGUGCUCAGGAGCUGUGGCUGCGGUCAUGGUACUCCUGUUUGACCUGAAGGCGUUGGUAGACAUGAGUUCUAUUGGGACCAUCUUUGCAUACACUCUGGUUGCAGUGUGUAUUCUCAUAUUAAGGUAUAAAGAAAACCGGGGUUUCGGGGGCAUACGGGAGCAGUUCACCAUGAAGGGACUGUUCAAGCCUCCAUACCGGGCGACGCGACGCACCUCUAAAAACGUCAGAGUGAUCACCGUCAUUAUCCUGUUUCUGGUGAUCGCCCUGAGCGCGCUGCUGUCGGAGGCCGUUGAAAACCUCCGUCGACGGGAGGUGUGGAGCAUUGUGUUGGUUGCUGUUUUGGUGUUGGUUCUCCUCCUCGCUGUGAUUACCAUCUGUAGGCAACCGCAGAACAACGCCAAAGCUGCUUUCAUGGUUCCCGGCGUGCCCGUCCUCCCCGUGGUGAGCAUCUUCAUCAACACGUACCUGAUGGUCCAGCUCGAGGGGGAAACUUGGAUCAGCUACGCUGUUUGGAUGGUAGUCGGCCUGAUUAUUUACUUUGGUUAUGGGGUUCGGCAUAGUGUCCAAAAACGAAGACUGCUGGAGGCCCAGGUCCAGAUAAACAUGGACCUUGUUCACAGCAGAGUCAUCAUUUCUGCUGCCUGA